UGCUGCUGUCGAGUAUAAGCUGGCUGUGACGAGCCCAUACCACGGCCACUCCUCUGACUCAUACAGUCACACACAGGGACAGGUGUGUGUGUACGGCCAGCAGCGCUCAUACCUCAGCAGCAGGUCGGACAAAUUCUGCAGCAUUUGGAUCCAUUUUUAUUUUUAAUACAUUUUUUAUACAUAAACACCGCCAUUAUGUUGUGGACGGCGAGUCAAGUCUUAAGGAAAUUCUCCACUUCGUCCAAUUAUUACCAGAAUAAGCUGAAACUAGCUAUAAUUGGCCAGAGUGUGUUUGGCCAGGAGGUGUACAGCAACCUGAGGAAGCAGGGUCACAAGGUGGUUGGUGUGUUCACAGUCCCCGACAAGGAUGGCAAGGCCGACCCCCUGGCGGUGGCAGCAGAGAAGGAUGGGACGCCGGUGUUCAAGUUCCCAAGGUGGCGAGUCAAGGGGAAGCCCAUCCCGGAGGUGGUGGACGCCUACAAGGCAGUGGGUGCUGAGCUCAACGUCAUGCCCUUCUGCUCACAGUUCAUUCCAAUGAACAUUAUCGACAACCCCAAGCAUGGCUCCAUCAUCUACCACCCCUCCAUUCUGCCCCUGCACAGAGGAGCCUCUGCCAUUAACUGGACCCUGAUCCACGGUGAUAAAAAAGCUGGAUUCACAGUGUUCUGGGCUGAUGAUGGACUGGACACCGGCCCAAUCCUGCUGCAGAGGGAGUGUGCUGUGGAGCCCAAUGACACUGUGGACACACUCUACAACCGCUUCCUCUACCCAGAGGGCAUAAAGGCUAUGGUGGAGUCGGUGCAGCUCAUUGCUGAUGGAAAGGCCCCUCGAAUUCCCCAGACAGAGGAAGGAGCGAGCUAUGAAGGCAUUCAGAAGAAGUCCAACGCUAAGAUCAACCUGGCCCAGCCAGCUGAGGCCAUCCACAACUGGAUCCGCGGGCAUGACAAAGUCCCUGGUGCCUGGACUGUCAUUGAUAGUCAGUCUGUCACCCUGUAUGGCUCGUCCAUGUUGGGGGAGUCUGUACCGGCCGGUCAGCCUCUGGAGAUAGAGGGGGCAUCCCAGCCAUGUGUGGUCACCAAAAAUGGGCUUGUGCUGUAUGGAACCGACGGGAAAGCUCUCCUGGUGAAGAACCUGCAAUUUGAAGACGGGAAGAUGAUCCCUGCUUCUAAAUACUUCUCCUCUGGGGAAAGCUCCAGUGUGGAGCUGACUGAUGAUGAAAAGAAGAUGGCAGAAGAGAUCAGGAACAUCUGGCAGGGCAUCCUCAGCAACAUCCCAGCCAUUGAGGACUCCACAGACUUCUUCAAGUCUGGAGCCGCCUCCAUGGAUGUGGUCAGGCUGGUGGAGGAGGUGAAGCAGAAGUGCGCGGGCGUCCAGCUGCAGAAUGAAGACGUGUACAUGGCUACCACCUUCAAGGACUUCAUCCAGAUGUUUGUUCGCAAGUUGAGAGGAGAGGACCAGGAGGAGGAGCUGGUCAUUGACUAUGCAACCAAAGACGUGAACAACAUGACAGUAAAAAUGCCACACCAGUGUUUCAUCAAUGGCAAGUUUGAGGAUGCAGAAAAUGGCAAGACCUACGGUACCAUCAACCCUACUGAUGGAUCAGUGAUCUGUAAAGUGUCCUAUGCCUCAGUGGGGGAUGUAGACCUGGCAGUAGCAGCUGCCAAAGAAGCUUAUGAUAAUGGACCCUGGGGCAGGAUGAACCCUAGAGACAGAGGAAGCCUGCUUUACAGGCUUGCAGACCUGAUGGAGGAACACCAGGAGGAGCUGGCCACUAUCGAGUCCAUCGACUCAGGAGCUGUGUACACUCUGGCCCUCAAGACACACGUAGGCAUGUCCAUCCAGACCUUCCGGUACUUUGCCGGCUGGUGUGACAAAAUCCAGGGCAAGACAAUCCCCAUCAACCAAGCCAGGCCUAAUCGCAACCUGACCUUCACAAAGAGAGAACCUCUAGGUGUGUGUGCCAUCAUCAUCCCAUGGAACUAUCCUCUCAUGAUGCUGGCAUGGAAGAGUGCUGCCUGCCUGGCAGCUGGGAACACACUUGUUCUUAAACCAGCACAGGUCACUCCGCUGACAGCACUGAAGUUUGCAGAGCUGUCAGUGAAAGCUGGCAUUCCAAAAGGAGUCAUCAACAUUUUGCCAGGAUCAGGUGGCAUGGUAGGACAGCGUUUGUCCGAGCACCCAGACAUCCGCAAGUUGGGCUUCACUGGCUCCACACCUAUUGGCAAACAGAUCAUGAAGAGCUGUGCACUCAGUAACCUGAAGAAGGUUUCUCUGGAGCUGGGAGGGAAGUCGCCUCUCAUCAUCUUCAAUGACUGUGACAUGGACAAGGCUGUUCGCAUGGGCAUGAGCUCUGUGUAUUUCAACAAAGGUGAGAACUGUAUUGCUGCUGGACGUUUGUUUGUGGAGGAGUCCAUUCAUGAUGAGUACAUUAGCCGAGUGGUGGAAGAGCUCAAGAAAAUGAAGAUUGGAGACCCACUGGAUCGCUCCACAGACCAUGGUCCACAGAAUCACAAAGCCCACCUGGACAAGCUGCUAGAAUACUGUGAGGUCGGACUUAAGGAGGGAGCUACACUGGUGUAUGGAGGCAAACAGGUGGACAGGCCAGGUUUCUUCAUGGAGCCCACUGUGUUCACUAAUGUGGAGGACCACAUGUUUAUUGCCAAAGAGGAGUCCUUCGGCCCAGUCAUGGUGGUGUCCAAAUUCAAAGAUGGUGAUGUGGAAGGCGUCCUUCAGAGAGCCAACAACACAGAGUAUGGCUUGGCAUCUGGCGUGUUCACCCGUGACAUCAACAAGGCCAUGUAUGUAAGCGAGCGGCUGGAGGCUGGAACAGUAUUCAUCAACACCUAUAACAAGACUGACGUGGCUUCACCUUUCGGAGGCUUCAAACAGUCUGGCUUCGGAAAAGACCUCGGUGAGGAUGCUCUCAUGGAAUACCUCAAGACCAAAGCAGUGACUGUGGAGUACUGAAGCACAGACUCUCCUAAUGAACUCUGAUCUACAUCUGAAUAGGAAGGGACUCAUCUGUCUGCUUCAGUCAGACAUCAUGCUUCAUUCAGCAUUGCUUCUGUGUGUGAGGAUGUAUGAGAACAAGAGGAGAGCCACAGUUUGGACAACCUGCCUAUCUUUUCUUGGCUCUCUGCGUAAAAAUUCACAUCAUGGACAAGGGACAGGUGGUUUAUACCCAUCUGUAUUUGUACACAUAAAACCCUCAGUUGGAUGCCUGAUGGGAGCUAAAGUGGCUCUUACUCUUUUAAUGGUUUCAGUUCCAAAAAAAGUGUUUUAUGUUAAAACACCAAUUUAAACCUGAAAUCUGUUUUCCAAUCAUUAUCAAUAAUGUAAAUCAGUUCUGUUAAAAAAAAAAUCUUUCUCAUUUGUCAUUCACUUAUAAUGCUGCCCUCACCAUUCCUUGAAUAUCUCUGUUUACUCAACUUUUGGGCUGUUUUGUGCCGUCCCAGAAGAUAGACGAAGUUCUUAGUUUAUGGAUUAAUCAUGUAUAUGAAUGUGAACGUUGAAGCUUGUGUUAAGAUGCCUAUAGGUUGAGUUUUAGAGUAGCCAGAGCCUGCCUGAUCGCACUAAACUGGAGAAUUCAUCAGGUUAGCAAAUAAAAUAUAAGUCAGUAGUGAAGCCAUUAGUCAGAAUUGGUCAUUGACAUGAUGGGAAAACAGGAUUUGGGUCAAAGAGACAGUUUAAGUUUUUUUUUUUUUUUUAAACUUUCAGUCACACCUUUUCAUGAGCGGACCAUUGUGUAAUGCAGUCAAAAGCUUGGGGUAACACCAGUAAGUCGACCUUGAGGUAAAGAGUAUGGUCAGAAGUGUGCACCUACACCUGUAACUGCACCCUGCAGUGAUGUCACAGCGUACUGACACACCCUGGAGUGCACUUCUACAUAACUGCAGCAAGGGGAGAAGUCAAACAACUGGAGGUCGGCAAGAUUAAAAGGGGGUUACAGUCUAAUAUUAAUUUGUUAGACUAAGGUCAAGAAUGAACUUUUAUAUUCACAUAAAAACAAACUGGUAGCAGUCAAAGAAGAAAUUGUUGAAACCUUUUUAUUCUUAUUGACUGAUUAAAGUCUUAAUGAUGAGGACUGACUUCACAACAGCCAAAUGCAAGCAGGUAAAGAACCAUACUUUGGUUUCCUACUUAUGUGGAUUUUACUUUUCUCUUUGGACACUAUACUUAUCAUCAUUCAGAGACUUAAAAACUUUGAUGCCUGCAGCAUGUUCCAAAAAAGUUAGGACAGGAACAUGUUUACCACUGUGUGACACCCUACAUAUAGGAAGUGGACAGUAAUUCUUGAAGUUUUGAAAAUUAAAUUCUUUCCCACUCUUGCUUUACCUGUAGAAUGUUCUAAACUGAAGGUUUUUGAUCAUUUAGCAACUUCCCCAGUCUUUUGUUGCCCCUGUCCUAACUUAUAUGGAACAUGUUGCAGGUGUAAAAUUUAGAAUAAAUGUAUAUGUAUUACAAAAAACAAUAACAUUUAUCAGUUUGGACAUCAGAUAUCUUGUGUUGGGAUUGUAUUCAAUUGAAUACAGGUCAAAAAGGAUUUGCAAAUCACAGAUUCUGUUUUAUUUGUUUUACACAGUGUCCCAAUUUUUUAGAAUGGGGGUUGUACUUACUAUCAUUUUUAUUGGCACAGAGCAGUGAAUUCCCAUAUUUGAGCUUCAGCUGCUUCAUAGCAUCACAUUCACAAGCUAUUCCCCAAGGAAAUUGUGCAAACAGUCAUGCCAGUUUUGUUGUUUCUCACAUUGCAGUGGUUGUUCAACCGAUAGCUCUCAAAUCUCAGAUGUCGGAGCAUCUUUCUGUCCUGCAAGAAAGAGUUUCCAAAGCAGCUGCUGAUUGCAGCUUAGCAUUAGCAUUGUGACAGAGACAAAAAAAAGCAAAAGAAAUAGUGAAUUGUGAUGGAUUUACUGUCGUGGUCAUGUUUUAAAUUCUGUUUGACAGGUACACCUUUAUUUCUAUUCAAAACUUUAGGUUAGAAUUUAAGGUUUCUGAUCAGUAUGUAAUUGUCACUACUUCAAGCUAUGAUGAGCCAUUUUUUCUUUGUCCCUCACACAUGCUUCAGUUCUUUGUAUCAUGUCCUUGCAGCUGUCUGUUCCCACAUAUUUUAAGACAUUCACUCUCUUCCCUUUGCUUAAUUUGACUUUUUUGUAAAUAUUUUUUAGCAAUAGAGGGUAAAGGACUAUUUGAUAUAUUUUUGUCAGACAGAGGAAGACUGUAUGUUUUAACACUACUAUAUUCAUUAAAGACACACCAGCUAGAUGUUUUAUGCAUCACUAAUGUGAAGAAGUUGUUAAAUUAGUUUUCUAUCUGUCCCACAAUAUCAGUAAAGGCAGCAAGGGCUAAGAUGCAAGUGUUGUUAUUCUCACCCUUUGUGAAAAAGGUGAGAGUUGUCCCUUCAAUAAACAUUAUGUCUUCAGACAGCAAUGUCAUAUAAUGGUAAAUAAACUUUGAUUUGAAUUUUA